AUGAUCCCCUCAUUCGGCUUUGGUGUUGGCGACUUCGUGGCGGUCGCUUCGCUAGUCUGGAAAAUUUCCCAGGCUCUCAGUGAUGUAUCAGAAGACUCGAAAUUGUAUCGAGAGUUGCAGCUCGAGUUAUCUGCCUUCCAGGGGGUAUUUAUUCAAUUUCAGCAAGCGAUAGUGGAUGGGGUAGUGCUUCCUCAAGACCAGGUUACCAGAGUGAAAACAAUACUCGCUCAAAUUGAGCGACAGACAAAGAACUUCAACAACCACAUCGAAAAGUUCAAGGAUCUUGCCAAAUCUACAGAGAAAGACAGGGCGAAGAAAUUCGUCGUCUUCAAGAAGCGUGUCUCAUGGUCUUUAUACGGGAAAAAGCCAAUUCAACAAUUCAGGGAGGCUCUUCGGGGCUAUACGGCGAUUUUAACGCUGACCAUGCACACUCUAAACAGUCGGGCUAUGCAAGGUCUCCAACAUGAGAUGCACAAUGGUGCGAAGCAACUCAAGUUACACAUCGACAACACCUUUCAAGAGCCUUGGGACCAGAAGCCAAUUCGAUUUCAAGAUGCGAUAGGGAGGCGGUACCCUGUGCCGCUAGAGAUUUGUGGGACAUUUGAGGGAUUCUCGGAUUUUCUACAGCACGCUUUCAAGAAUGACCCAAUUUUGAAAGCCAUCCAGCAGCAAUCUAUAUGGCUAUUCAGCCCCGUUCCGACUGAAUCAAAGACUUGGAUAUUAAUUACGACCGAGGAUUGGGAAUCAGGUCUAUAUCCCGGUAUGCAGCUGAGCAUGUCGAUAUUUGAUGGUCGUCGAGCUGGUCAAAGGCUUAUUUCCGAUACGCUUUCCGAUUCACCGCAUGAGACGGAGGUGAGACUCCAGACCCCAUUGCCUCUAUGGGCAUCGGCGUCUUUUCCAGAGGAUGCACGGUUCAGACUACGGGCCCCGAAACAAAAAACGUUAUUGUGUCAGCACGAGGAAAAUUCAGAGCCAAGGGACAUAGAAGAGACAAAGCGUUCCAACCCCCAGGCGUUGUCGGUAUCAUAUCCAUGUCCGAAUGAGAUUGGCUGUGGGAAAAGCUUUGGAAGGCAGGAAGAGUUCAUUGAGCAUCUUAAACCUGAAAUAUUCGACCCAGAAUCACUUGAAUCUUUUCCGAGGCCGAUUCUCCAACCCGGGGAGUUUGGACCAUCGUGUCUACGCUGCGGGUCGUGGUCUGAGAAACCUACCCAAAAGGCGUUUGAAGAAGCUAUCAAGCUCCAAAAGAGUCUAACCAGCUCUAGCCACGGUCUAGCCUCGUGCAUUGCAGAAAUGGCCAUUAGGGGUGACCUCGAAACUCGAAGAUUUUGUGGCUAUUGCAGAGGGCGCUGGGAAAGCUCUUGGGACUUUCCGGGUGAAAUUAGUCCGCUACAUGCAGCAGCAAGCAAUGGUCUUACAAAAGUCGUUGAAAUGAUUCUACGAAACGGUGCUGAUAUAAAUUUACAAAGCUUUAUCAAUAGCACUCCCUUACAUGCUGCAGCAUACACAGGAAAAGAAAGCGUCGUCAAGCUGCUGCUUGAUAAAGGUGCCAUUGUCAACGCUCGAGACAAGUACAAUUGUACUGCGAUAUAUUUGGCAUUAAAAGAACGCCAUAAAAAUAUUGUUGAACUUUUGGUCAGUCAUGGUGCGGAUAUUGACGGUGAAGCACUUGACAUUGCAAUGUGUUAUGGCCAGGAGGAUCGGGAGGAUAUGGUUAGCCUGCUACUCAGCCCUGGUGCGAAUAUGAACGUGCGAAGCGAAGGUUAUGACGAUCUCUUGCGUUUAGCAGCAUCCAGUGGGUAUAUUGCAAUAGUCCAGAUACUCCUCGAUAGGGGUGCGAAUGUGAAUUCCCAAUAUGAAAAGCAGAGCACUGCACUUUGGGCAGCACCACUACCAACAUCUCACCGUCUGGAGGCUUUUCUGUUACUCUCAGACAGGGGUGGAAGCUGUGAAACUGCACUUAUGAGCGCGUCAUCAUCUGGCCAUCUAGAAGUGGUGCAGUUACUCAUUGACAAGGGGGCAGAUGUGAAUGCCCGAAAUGAAAAUCAACCCACCGCACUUAUAAAUGCAUCAUCAUCUGGCCAUCUAGAGGUGGUUCAGCUACUCAUUGACAAGGGGGCAGAUGUGAAUGCCCGAAAUGAAAAUCAACCCACCGCACUUAUAAAUGCAUCAUCAUCUGGCCAUCUAGAGGUGGUUCAGCUACUCAUUGACAAGGGGGCAGAUGUGAAUGCCCGAAAUGAAAAUCAACCCACCGCACUUAUAAAUGCAUCAUCAUCUGGCCAUCUAGAGGUGGUUCAGCUACUCAUUGACAAUGGCGCAAAUGUGAAUACCCGAAGUGAAGAUCAACGCACUGCACUUAUAGCCGCAUCAUCAUCUGGCCAUCUAGAGGUGGUUCAGCUACUCCUCGAUAAGGGCGCAAAUGUGAAUGCCCGAGGUAAAGAUCAACGCACUGCACUUAUAGCCGCAUCAUCAUCUGGCCAUCUAGAGGUGGUUCAGCUACUCAUUGACAAUGGCGCAAAUGUGAAUGCCCGAAGUGAAGAUCAACGCACUGCACUUAUAGCCGCAUCAUCAUCUGGCCAUCUAGAGGUGGUUCAGCUACUCCUCGAUAAGGGCGCAAAUGUGAAUGCCCGAAGUGAAGAUCAACGCACUGCAAUUAUAGCCGCAUCAUCAUCUGGCCAUCUAGAGGUGGUUCAGCUACUCAUUGACAAUGGCGCAAAUGUAAAUACCCGAAGUGAAGAUCAACGCACUGCACUUAUAGCCGCAUCAUCAUCUGGCUAUCUAGAGGUGGUUCAGCUACUCCUCGAUAAGGGCGCGAAUGUGAAUGCCCAAGGUGGGAGCCAUGGCAAUGCGCUGCAAGCUGCAGCAGCAUCAUAUGAUUCCAGACUAAAGCUCGUUCAGUUACUCCUCGAUAAGGGCGCGAAUGUGAAUGCCCAAGGUGGGAGUUAUGGCACUGCACUUAUAGCCGCAUCAUCAUCUGACCAUCCAGAGGUGGUUCAGUUACUCCUCGCUAAGGGCGCGAAUGUGAAUGGCCAAGGUGGGAGCCAUGGCAAUGCGCUGCAAGCUGCAGCAGCAUCAUAUUAUUCCAGACCAGAGCUCGUUCAGUUACUCCUCGAUAAGGGCGCGAAUGUGAAUGCCCAAGGUGGGAGUCAUGGCACUGCACUUAUAGCCGCAUCAUCAUUUGGCCAUCUAGAGGUGGUUCAGUUACUCCUCGAUAAGGGCGCGAAUGUGAAUGCCCAAGGUGGGAGCCAUGGCAAUGCGCUGCAAGCUGCAGCAGUAUCAUAUGAUUCCAGACUAAAGCUCGUUCAGUUACUCCUCGAUAAGGGCGCAAAUGUGAAUGCCCAAGGUGGGAGUCAUGGCACUGCACUUAUAGCCGCAUCAUCAUUUGGCCAUCUAGAGGUGGUUCAGCUACUCCUCGAUAAGGGCGCGAAUGUGAAUGGCCAAGGUGGGAGCUAUGGCAAUGCGCUGCAAGCUGCAGCAGCAUCAUAUAGUUCCAGACUAAAGCUCGUUCAGUUACUCCUCGAUAAGGGCGCGAAUGUGAAUGCCCAAGGUGGGAGUCAUGGCACUGCACUUAUAGCCGCAUCAUCACCUGGCCAUCUAGAGGUGGUUCAGUUACUCCUCGACAGGGGUGCAAAUGCGAAUGCACAGGGUGAAAGCACUGCACUUAUAGAAGCGUCAAGAGCGGACAAUCUAAAGGUGGUUCAGUUACUCCUCGACAGGGGUGCAAAUGCGAAUGCACAGGGUGAAAGCACUGCACUUAUAGAAGCGUCAAGAGCGGACAAUCUAAAGGUGGUUCAGUUACUCCUCGACAGGGGUGCAAAUGCGAAUGCACAGGGUGAAAGCACUGCACUUAUAGAAGCGUCAAGAGCGGGCAAUCUAAAGGUGGCUCAGUUACUCCUCGACAGGGGUGCGAAUGCGAAUGCACAGGGUGAAAGCACUGCACUUAUAGAAGCGUCAAGAGCGGGCAAUAUACAGGUGGCUCAGCCACUCCUCGACAGGCGUCGGAAUGUGAAUGCACGCGCCGAAAGAACUGCACUUAUAGAAGCGUCAAGAAGAAUCAAUCUAAAGAUGGUUCAGUUACUUCUCGACAAGGGUGCGGAUGUGAAUGCCCAGGUUGCAACCUACGGCAAUGCACUGAAAGCUGCAUCAGAUUGUUGCAAAUCAGAGGUAGUUCAGUUACUCCUCGAUAAUGGUGCAAGGCCGGUGGUUGGAGACGGAGAAACUGAACGUCCCGGCUCUCAGACUCAAGCCUAA